CACACCUUCUAAUUCAUUGUCCAGAUUUUUCAAAUGGCUGAAGUAUUCGGUCAUAAGAGUCUCUUGUGCAAUGAUACCCUUUACCAGUACAUUCUCGAUACAAGUGUUUAUCCGAGGGAACCCGAGUCUUUAAAACAACUUCGUCAUUUGACUGAAAAUCAUCCAAUGAACUAUAUGGCAGUAUCGGCUGAUGAAGGACAGUUCUUGAGCAUACUUUUGAAGCUCAUGAAUGCUAAGAACACAAUGGAAAUCGGUGUUUUCACCGGAUAUUCUCUACUUGCCACCGCCCUUGCCUUGCCCGAGGAUGGAAAGAUAUUGGCAUUGGACAUCAAUCGGGAGAAUUAUGAAAUAGGUCUACCCAUAAUUGUAAAGGCGGGUGUUGCCCACAAGAUCGAGUUCAAAGAAGGACCAGCUCUUCCUAUUCUUGACCAAUUGUUCUCGGAUGAGAAGAAUCAUGCAACGUUUGACUUCAUUUUUGUGGAUGCCGACAAGGAUAACUACAUUAACUACCAUGAGAGACUCAUCGAGCUUGUGAGAGUUGGAGGGGUGAUCGGUUAUGAUAACACUCUAUGGCAUGCUUCUGUGGCUAUGCCACCCGAAGCUCCAUUCCCAAUGGAUGAUCUUAUUCGUCCUUAUCGUGAUUUUAUGGUUGAGUUCAACAAGGCAUUGGCUGCUGAUAAGAGGAUAGAAAUUUGUCAACUUCCGGUGAGCGAUGGGAUUACUAUAUGUCGUCGCACUAUCUAAUCAUCGCAUCGAAACCAACUAGUGAUAAGAGAGUACUACUUCAUGAUCUUCAUCUUUCGUGUGAUUGAAUGAAACAAAUAAUACUCUUUCAAUAAAAGUAAAAUUGCAAUUAAUGUUGAAUGAUCUAAACAAAAUUUGCUUCCUUGGAGU